AUGGCCAACCAUAUUCGAGUCGAUUGUGGGAUGACCGAAGGCAAGGACGCACCAACCGUGAUGUAUGAAGACAAUGCAGCUUCCAUUUCUCAGCUUAAGGAUGGCUACAUCAAAGGGGACCAGACGAAGCACAUACUACCUAAGUUCUUCUUCACACACGAGCUACAGAAAGCCGGCGAGGUCCAAGUAGUCCAAGUGCGUUCCAGAGACAACUCAGCAGACUUGUUCACCAAAUCACUUCCGACCUGCACGUUCAGGAAGCUCAUGCAUCAGUUUGGGAUGCGUAGAUUGAAAGAUCUUUAG